AUGGUUCGGACGGUGGUGGGUGAGACCAAGUCGAUAGCGGUCACAGAAGAAGUGCACCAAGGUUCUGUAUUGAGCCCUUUUCUGUUUUGUUUAGUUCUGGACUCACUCACUGAAGCGGCACAGAAUUCAGCAACGUGGACAUUUAUAUACGCUGACGACGUAGCCAUCUGCACAGACAGCCGCGCUCACUUGCAAGAGGCACUCGUGUCGUGGAAACAUCAGUUACAGACCGGUGGCCUUGUGCUGAGUGUGGCAAAGACUCAGUUCAUGUCCUUCAACGACCCAGAUACAAACAACAAAUGCAACUGCAAUGGUCACGCGCGUCGGUGCCGCUUCAACAUGGAGCUGUACAAGCUGUCUGGACGUGCCAGCGGCGGCGUGUGUCUCAAGUGCCGGCACUACACCGCGGGCCGCCACUGCCAUUACUGCAGGGAGGGUUACUAUAGGGACCCCACUAAGCCCAUCACUCAUAAGAAGGCUUGUAAACCAUGCGACUGCCAUCCGGUGGGAGCGAGCGGCAAGACGUGCAAUCAGACCAGUGGACAGUGCCCGUGCAAGGACGGAGUGACGGGCACCACCUGCAACCGCUGCGCCAAGGGCUACCAGCAGUCCAGGAGCCACAUAGCACCCUGUAUACGCAUUCCGCGCGUAGUGACCGCCGUCCAGGCGAUGGAGGCGGUGGAUGCAGAGCCGGGCCGCGCAGCGGACCAGUGCGGCCGGUGCCGCGCCGGCGCUCGAACUCUAAAUCUCAACAAGUACUGCAGCCGAGACUACGUCAUAAUGGCGCGGGUGGUAGGUCGCGAGGCGGGCCCGGCGGGCACCGCGUGGGCCCGGCUGGCGCUGAGCGUGCAGGCGGUGUACAAGCGCGCGCCGCGCAGUCGCCUUCGCCGCGGCGCCGCCGCCCUCUACGUGCGCGCCGCCGACCUCGCCUGCAAGUGCCCCAAGAUCAAGAUUAACAAGUCUUACCUAAUCCUAGGAGUGGAAAAAGAGGGAGCGUCAUCUGGUUUGCCAGGUUUAAUGGUUGGAGAGAGAACUUUACUACUGGAAUGGCGCGAUGAUUGGCACAGGCGCAUACGUCGCUUGCAGCGGCGUGCUAUCAACUGUCAUUAG